CAAGAUGAAUGACAACCUAUUUGUCAGUUUGGACAGACUUUUGCUGGAAUUUGUUUUCCAGUAUGAGCAAGAUAUAAGUACUAAAGAAGAUAUGAUUCAACGAAUUAAUAAAUGUGUUGAAGAUAUUAAAGAAAACAAAGCAACUAUUUGUAAGAUACACGAAACUAUAAAUACAACAGAUGAGGAAAUUGGUCAUUAUUGUAAACAUAGUAAGGAGAUCAAAGACAACUGUAGUAACUGGAAGCCAACAUGUGAUGUUUUUCAUAAACAUGAAGACUAUAUGCAGGACCAAUUUACUAUUUAUCAAGAAACUAUUGAAAAAGACAAAAAAAUGUACCAUGGUUAUAUAUGUCAGUAUAAAGAUGUUUUGAAGCAAUACCAACUAAAAUACUCAGAAACACCCUUUGCACGUGAAUAUUAUGAGAAGAAAAGAGAACAUGAAGAAAUUCAAAACAGAGUGUUGGCAUGUACUGAACAACUAAAAAUGAAUGAAACUAUUUUUAUGGAAUUUCUAGUUCCUGCUCCCUUUCCAUCACUUACUAAAUGGACAUUACAUAUGGUUAAUUUGAGAUAUAAAACACAAGAUAUUCUUAAACAUGCCAACAAUUUUUCCAAAAGUUCAUCUGAAUUGAAGAAAGAAGUAGAUGAAGUAGAAAUAGAAACUAAUUAUUUAAACCAGCAGAUUGCAAGACUUUAUGAAACUAAGAAUCUUUCAGAAACUCUGGAAGAAAAAAAUAAAAAUAUAGAAAAGAGAAAGGAAUUGAAAGAAAGAAUUUUUGAAAAAGAUGAACAACAUGUGCAUGUAUUGAAUAAAACCCCUCAAAACAGUCAAUUAUUUCUUCCAUAUGAAUCUCAGAAAUUAGUCAGACCAAUAAAAAUGCAUUCUUCAGAACCAAAAGUUAUAGAUGAAAAUGAAGAAAGUUCUGUGAAGCAGUCAAAGCUUGCCAAUAUUGACUUCAGACAAAAAGAAAAUGAUACACAGGUAUUUAAUGACUCUGCUGUGAAUAACCAUUCAAAAUGUUCACAUGUUACAGCUAUUAAAAGUUCACAAAAUUGUAUGCAGUUCAGAUUGGUAACCCCACAGAAACAAUCAAAUUGCAAUCGGUGGUUUGAAAAAGGAGAUACAGAUGCUGAGUGUGGAGAUAAAGGGACAGUAAGACAAUUAAGAGAAUCAAAAGGUACCUCACAAGUUCUAUAUGCAGAACAUUUUGGAAAGCCAAUAGAAAAUAAUAGUGAUGCAGUAGAGGAAAAGGCUGAGAAUUUUCCAUUAACUCCUGAAAUUCCUUCAUUUUUAAGAACUCCAGAAGCUGUGAAAACACCUGAAUCUUUGGAGAAGUUAGUGUUCCAUAAACCCCCCUCAUUUGAAAUUCGGGAAAAUAGAAAUACAAUACCUGAAGGUCAAACACAAAAGGAAUCCCCUGGAUUUUCUUUUCUUAUGAGUUAUACUUCUAGAUCACCUGGAUUGAAUUUAUUUGAUUCUCCUAUAUUUGAUUCAGAAAUCUCAUCAGAUCAGUUUAAUGAACGUUCUGCAGGAAAUUUAAAUCCUCUCUCAUCACAACAAGAAAUUGGAAACUUAUUUGGGAAACCAGAAAGAGAAGAUGCCUUUACAUUUUCUUUUCCAUCAGAUUCUUCUACUCAUACGUUUGGAGCUGGAAAAGAUGAUUUUAGUUUUCCGUUUUCAUUUGAACAAGAUCAAAAUUCAACACCUUCUUCUGUAAAAGGUUUCUCAUCUUCCUCACAAAAUACAACCCAAUUUACUUUUUUUGGAACUAAUUACUAA